UUAUCGAUCGCUGUCUGGUCACACUGCGCCAACCGGCCUUUUCCCGCCUCCUCUUCCUUAUCGUCAUUCAUUUUCCAUUCGUUCUCCAUUCGCCAAUUGGAUCUUGUCGCUAAACUUUCCACUAAACUAUACUACAAAGAUGUCUGCUACCGAGGGCAAGGUAAUCACAUGCAAGGCCGCCGUCGCUUGGGAGGCAAAGAAGCCGCUGGUCAUCGAGGAUAUCGAGGUGGCGCCGCCCAAGGCUCAUGAGGUGCGCAUCAAGAUCACGGCCACGGGCGUCUGCCACACGGACGCCUUCACCCUGAGCGGUGCCGAUCCGGAGGGCCUGUUCCCAGUGGUGCUGGGCCACGAGGGCGCCGGAAUCGUGGAGAGUGUCGGCGAGGGCGUGACCAACUUCAAGGCUGGCGACCAUGUCAUCGCUCUCUACAUCCCGCAGUGCAACGAGUGCAAGUUCUGCAAGAGCGGCAAGACGAAUCUCUGCCAGAAGAUCCGACUUACCCAGGGCGCUGGAGUCAUGCCCGAGGGCACCUCCCGUCUAAGCUGCAAGGGACAGCAGUUGUUCCACUUCAUGGGCACCUCCACCUUCGCAGAGUACACCGUGGUGGCCGACAUUUCGCUGACAAAGAUCAACGAAAAGGCGCCGCUAGAGAAGGUCUGCCUGCUAGGCUGCGGCAUUUCCACAGGCUAUGGUGCCGCCCUCAACACUGCCAAGGUGGAACCCGGUAGCACUUGCGCUGUUUGGGGCUUAGGAGCAGUGGGCUUGGCCGUGGGCUUGGGCUGCAAGAAGGCUGGCGCCGGCAAGAUAUACGGCAUUGACAUCAAUCCCGACAAGUUUGAGCUGGCCAAGAAGUUUGGAUUCACCGACUUUGUCAACCCCAAGGAUGUGGCCGACAAGGGUUCGAUCCAGAACUACCUGAUCGAUCUGACCGAUGGUGGAUUCGAUUACACCUUUGAAUGCAUUGGCAAUGUGAACACCAUGCGCUCAGCCUUGGAGGCCACGCACAAGGGCUGGGGCACCUCAGUGGUGAUUGGAGUGGCCGGCGCUGGCCAGGAGAUCUCCACGCGACCCUUCCAGCUGGUCGUAGGUCGCGUGUGGAAGGGUUCCGCCUUCGGAGGCUGGCGCUCCGUUUCGGAUGUUCCCAAAUUGGUGGAGGACUACCUGAAGAAGGACCUGCUGGUGGACGAGUUCAUCACCCACGAGCUGCCGCUGUCGCAGAUCAACGAGGCAUUCGACCUGAUGCACAAGGGCGAGAGCAUCCGAUCCAUUAUCAAGUACUAAGAAUGAGAUAACAAUUCUUUGCUUUUCACUUUUUAUACAAGUUGGCAAUUGCAUGCGAUUGCUUAUAAUAAUAAACACCCAGUGUAUA